CUUGCGGAGGCUUGCGCGGAAAGAGAAUGUGGGUAACGAACGACCUUUUGCCGUUAGGAGCAAGCAGUGCGGGCCGUGCGUUUGCAGGCAUCGGUCGGAUUGUUUCGUGAUACCUCGUCCUCUCGACCACCUGACAACCUGCAAAAAUUACGUAAAUAUUGCAACACUCACGCAUUGAUUAUAAAACGUUUGUAUCCAUUUCUAUGUUACGCCAACGUUUUCCAUUCACGGCAGCGAGUCGCGGCCGCGGACCUAAGUGAACGUAUCGUGCCGUUUCUACUUAUAUUUGAAUUGUGCGUUUCUUGUUUAACCCUGGUGAUUAUUUAUACUGUAUAUUGUAAUCUUAUUCUGUGGAGUUGGUUUUUCUUUACAUAAACUUAACGUCUUUGUGUUGUGUUUGCGGCUUGAUUGGAUUUUCACACAAGUUAUAGAUGUGAAAGGGCAGUCGGGAUUUUUCAAAUGACCGUGAUUUGUACACGGCAGCUAUGACGUAGUGGAGGAACUAUAAAAGUUCGGUGACAAGUGAGAACAUAAAUGAAACGGUGAAAUAUACAACAAAAUGGGAAGACGACGCUGGAGGAUUGUUACUAUCGCAGCGUUCCUGCUUUUUAUAAUUAAGGAUACACAAUGUCAAGAUGAAAACGACUACUAUUACACACCAGUGGAGAGAAGUUUUGCUCAAGUUCAACCGUCUCUAUUUCCGAAUACAAGGCCUUCGUCAUUUUUUGACAAUGGUGAUAGUUUUAAAGUUUCACCUGCUGCUCAUCAAUCUUUAUUUAACAAUGGGCGUUUACCUAGUCCUGGAUAUAAUCAAAAUCCUUCACCUUUCCAACUACCGAGUGGAAGAAGUCAAUCAGGCGCUCAGUACUAUAUCAAUCAACCAGAGAUUAGUAACUCUCAGCGCCAGAGGUUUAGACCAUCACUACCCUUUAACAAUCAAAUCGUACAUCCGGCAUCAACAAAGAAACCAGACCUUCAGCAAAUACAUUCUGUAGCCUAUCAAAAUGACCCCACAAAACAAGAGACCUUUUUAGGUCAAAUAACAAUAAACAAUCCUGAUAUUGAUUUCCUUCAAAAUAAUAGAUUUAAAACUCUUCCUUUCGAUAGCAAUAGCUUAAGAAGUAAUGGACAAAGUGGUCAUAUCCCACGGGAAGAAGAUAUUGAAAACGACAACACAGACCUCUUUGAUCAACAUAGAGUAACAACAUACAAUCCAAACAGUUUUAUACCUAAAAACAAAUUGAACGUUAAUCCUAAUAAUUCACGAUUUUCGCAUUUCAACACUCCUGUAACGCCUAGUAAAGCAAGCAUAGCCGACAUAGAAAUUAACAAAUACCUUGUAAGAAAUCAAUCAAAGGGAAUAAAAAAUAUUCCACAACACGAUGCCUCGUCGACAGAAUAUAAAUCACUUUUAGAUAUAGAGCCUUUACUGGAAGAUGAUAUUAGUGAUAUUACUUCGUUCAGAGAAUUGUUGAAAAAUAAUCAAAAAUCACACGAUGUCCAAGUGAUUACAGCUAAAAACGAAUCUGACGUGGACGAUAGCAAAGCAGACGCAAGUUUUAUGAGUCCUGAUAACACCGUAAAGGAUAUUUCGAAAGCACCCCUUUUGGAUAAAAAUGUUAAUACAACAUCUGUAUCUGCUACUACUCCGACAUCUUUAAGUGCUGAUCUUAAUAACGGUGAUGACAGCGAAGAAUUAGAUGGCAAAGAAGAAUAUUACGAAUAUUAUGAAGAGUCAGAAAAUACUGAAAUAAAACCCACCACAACCACAAAAGCUAUAGAGCCUGUAACUGACAUAUAUGAUGAAUAUGAUGCUACUGAAGCAGAUUCUGAUAAAUACAAUGAAGAUGAACAAGAAAAAGUUGUUGAUGAAGUAACGACAAAUGUUACAAACACUUUUGAUGUUCUUGUAAUGAAAGCAAAUAAUACAAUGGUGAAAGACGACAAUUUUAAAGAAUUUGUAGAUACAACAGUAAUUGAUCAACCGGACCCGGAAACUAACAACUCCACAGCUCCAAAUAUUAAAGUUUAUUCUAGUGAAGAAAUAUCAUCCAUAGAAACGCCAUCUAUUUUAGGGCAAGAAGUGGUUUCUGUAGUUACAACAAAAAGUGUGGUUAAUGGAACCAUAUCGAUCCCCGAUGCGACUGUAACUCCAAGUUCAGCAAGAUCUUCAGAAAUGACACCGCUUGAUUCAAACGACGACCUUCCUCCAGUUACUACGGAAAAUUGGAUAGUUGUUGCAUCUGUGCAAACAAGUCGCAGUGUUUCAGGAGCUCGCUUUCUUCCUUUCCCUACUGUAGAACAAGAAGAAAAAAAACAGGUUCUUACGGAUGAAAAAGAUGAUGAAGAAGGUAUAACUAUCACUAAUGCUCAAGAACAAAUCGGCAUCGUUAAUAGUUCAUCAUCUACCGAAAAUAUAAAUGAUAAAUUAGAUAGCAUUCAAUCAGAAUUAUCAAGCAGUGUGUUGUCGGGAAAUUUAAAUAGCGACAAUAAAAAUAUUGAAUUAAUAACAGAAUCAACGACAGAACAAAUUAACACGACCGUAAGAAGUACAAUGUCUCCAACAACACCAACGUUACCUAAUGUAUUUACAUUAAAAAGUACACAAGUUUCCUCUAUAACCGAAAGGUCAUCUCCUGAUCCGUUACCUGUGAUGAUUAAGAAAUUUACACCACGCAUGACAUCGUCUACUACCCCAAAACCUAGAAAGAAACCAUCUUUAGUGACAAUUGUGGACGAGAUUGCUGGAUUUUUACCUCCUGGCUACAAACCAAAACUAUCAUUUAAAGAUAAACGAACAAGUACUACUACGACCACCACUACAAGAACUACUACGACAACUACAUCCACGGCUCUUCCGAUUACUUUACCUCCAUUGAAAAUCCCAAUUAUAAAUGGGACCCAAGGUAGAUCGUCUGGAAUAAAUACUAAAAAUAAAGUUAUUAUACUCGAUGAUAAAUCUUUACUGCCCAAAGAAUACCGACCAAAAGAAAACAAGCCCCAAGAUGAUUUAUUGAAUAAGCUUAAAAAAGAUGAUAUAAGUAAAUUCCUGCCGCUGGGCUACAAACCUACGGUUGACGAGGAAACACAGUCGAAACAACCAGAAAUAUUGGAAAAAAUCCAGAAAGUAGAUAUAUCUGCUUUCUUGCCUAAAGGUUUUACUUUAAAUAAUACAUCUACAGCCUCCACUACUGAAAUGUCUAAACCAAGCGUUAAAAUACCUGCCAAUGCUGUUCCUGUAGAUCUAUCUGCACUUUUGCCACCAAAUUAUAAAUUAAAUAAAACUGAAAGUGUUAAAAGUGAGGACUUGUUAAGUAAAAUUAAAAUUGCUGACAUAUCUAACUUGUUACCACCUGGAUUCAAACCGAACAUCACCGAAGAGUCCACUGAACCUAGCACAAGUAGUACUAGUACAAAACCAACAGGUGGCAUAAAGCUAGUUUUCCCUUCAAGACCGGGUGGAAAAUCUGUAAGAAAAACUACUCCAAAAUCAACUUUGGAAAUGGGACCAAGUCCAGUCACACCAAAAAUUCAAAAAGGCUGGCCUACUAGGGCUUCUACCGAAUUUACUGGCUGGCCAUCACCAUCCACCACGCCGUUUUCAAUAGAAAAACUUUUAGAAGCACAAAGAAAUGCGACUGCCACGACGCCGUUUAGUAUUAACACCGAAGCAACUACGACUAGAAGAACGACCACAACAACGACGACGACUGUAGCGCCCCCCCCACCGACCACGCCUGGUGUUUGUCGACAUGAAUGCGAUAUAGCAGCUACUAUCAAAAUUGUUGCAGGCGCAAAAUGGGUUCCCGAACUAUUAGACCACCAUACAGAGGAAUGGCAAAAGUUGGCGAAGGAAGUUAAAGAAGAGCUAAAUUCGGUCUACGGAAAAUCAGACCUAUUGAGAAAAUGGUACAAAGAUAUUCGCAUAGAUGGUUUUACACCUGGAUCUAUCUUGGUAGAUUAUUUCAUAGAACUAAAUGACGUUGAAGACAGAGUUGACACAUUGCAGUUAAAAAGAUUAUUCCAUAAAACCCUUAACCAUGCUAAGCCGGGGUCUGUGGUGGAAGAACAAAUAACAGACGAAGAUUUUGAUCCAGAUGUAAUGUUAGGCGACCAGCCCGAGGAGGAUAAAAUGAGAAAGAGCAACGAAAAAAUGACCAAAACUAUCGAUAAAUCAUUUGGAAAAUUGGAAAUGGGAAAAUUUGUAAUGGACCCAGCUUAUACAGAAUUCAUUGUAUUGCCAAAACGUGAAGAUCCGACUAUAGUGGAACCUGGUGAUGAGGCAUUCCUCCCACAAUGGGGUAUUGCAGUAAUUGUUAUUGCGAUGGCUUCACUUCUCUUCGUUGUCAUAUUUGGUGUUACCGUCCUCGUUAAUCGCCAAAAAAGCGCUAAAGCAAAACAGCCAAUACCCUUAAGCGAGGAUAUGCUUCGGGAAUUAGACAAAAGUCAUAUGGGUGGAUUCGAAGAUACGCAUCAAAUGAAAGAACGGGAUCUGCCGUCGUAUCCUCCAUCUGGAAAGAGAAUGUCAACAGCGUUCAUUGAACAGCUCGCUUAUCAAAAUCCCGGUGACUCUUGGAGGUCAGAAUGGACACCGCAGCUGCACAAGUAUAUGCAACACUAUACACCAGACUCUGGACGCGGGUCACAGACUUAUGGAGUAUCUGGAAAUGGCUAUGGAUAUGGAGGCUCUCAACUGUACGGUCAGAAUGGUGCAGGAUCGCAGGUAUACGGAUACACCGGCGAAUAUCCGCGCUCGCACUACUCACGCCGUCGUUCCGACUACGAUAACAACUUCUAGAAACAUCUAGAUAUCUCGAACACUCACUAUCUUAGACUUGACACUCUUGACAAUACCACCCCUUCGAUUUUCAAGUGUAGGGUUUAGUGAAACGAUUAGAUCAGACCAUAUCUUCUAGAAUCAUGUGUUGAUUAGCUACCGCACACCAGGUUGUGAGAUAAAAGUUUACGACGAUUUUAUCGAUGAUAAUCUUGUCAUUACGACAUCAGAAUUUAUUCGAUUUCUACAAUUUAAGUAGAUUUACGAUUUUACAUAGUUUAUAUAUAUUUUGAGUAGGUUUUAGUCCGGCCUAUUAAGGACUGCGUAUAGUGCCAAUCGUAAUAAUUAUCUUGCUUUUGACAUCUUUACAAAUGUAAAUCACUUUUUGGCUUAUUUUGAACAAAUGGUCGGUAAUCGAUUUUCCCUUGUGAUAGUGAAUUUGAAUUAAUUAGUAACAAAUUGAGUAUUACAAAGAGCCAAUUGUAAUGAUUAUGACUAUGUUAUAAAUUAUUAUUAUUCGUCAUUAUUAUAAUGCAUACGACUGAUUGCGCGUGUAAAUAAAUUAUUUUAAAUACUCACCCGUGUUGCAUGAUAUUUGAGGUGAGUCUAUUGUAUUUCUGUAGAUAGAUAUUUUUCUGCAUACCUAUAUUUGCUCAGAACCAGUAGAUUUGUUAGACGGCGGUGUGUGAAUGUGUGCAUGAAAUGCGUAAUUGUGCCAAAUAUUAAAACAUAGAUGUGUGUAAAUAAGAGAAAAAUCGUACAUUCGUUUGGUGUUCAUAAUAUAAUUAAAUUAUUUUGAGUGACUUACUGCCAAUAUUGUGUCACUCAAGAUCGAUUUGGACUUCGCUAUAUUAUAAGGUAUUACUACAAAAUGUACUUGUAUCCUCACGUAUACACCAAACAGCGCAAGUUGAAAAUUAUAUUUGUGUGUUGAAUGAAACUACUAUAUUAAGAACUGUUUUAUGAAAUAUCGUCAAUUUAAACUAGUAUGAAUAAGAAUCGAAAGAUACAUAAUAUAUACUAAUGUUCCACUUAUUUGGUUUAUUUUAAAAACUAGACGAAGACAUUUAUUUGUUACUUGAUUAUGAACAAUAUUAGUUAAAAGAAUUACUUCAUUUUAAAUGUAUACUUCGUAUUUUGAUGGGGCAAUUCUAUUAUCAAAUGGUUAUGUAUCUACCAACUAAUAUAUAGUUUUAAACAUGAAUACAUGAUUCUUGUAUAUACAAUUUUUGUACAUGUAGACCUAUAAUUUAAUUGUAAUCAUAAUUGACAAAUAAAUCAUUAAGAUCCCUAAUAUAGAUUACAGUAUAUG